GGCAGAGAGCCUUCCUUUUCCGAUUCUCUAUUUCCUUUCCUCAUUCCCAAUCUCCGAUCCAUCCCUAAAAACAACUGACUAGAGAUCGAUGAUGAUGAAGAUGGCUUGGAGGAGGAAGAGCAGGAGCUUCCAUCUUCAGCUACAAGGGGCAAUUGGUACCAUUCAAUCUCCAUUCCUAUUCUUAUUUACCAAUUAUUGCCAUUCUUCUACUUCCACACUUGAAGAUGCACGCUUCUUGACAAAUAACUUCAAAUCUGCUUCUUUUACCCGCCUUGAUGAUGCCAUUGCUUCCUUUAAUCAUGUAAUUCAUAAGCAUCCUCUGCCUUCUAGGGUUCAUUUUAAUAGAUUCUUAUCUGCCCUUGUGAAAAUGAAACAAUAUCACAGUGUCCUUUCCAUGUCCAAAACAAUUGAAUUGCUAGGAAUCUCUCACGAUGUUUGUUCUCUUAGCAUCUUAAUUAAUUGCUUCUGCCACUUACACCUUGUGGAUUUUGGCUUCUCUGUUUUUGGUAAGAUGCUCAAAUUCGGAUUGGAGCCUGACAUUGUGACAUUUACGACCUUAAUUAAUGGGCUUUGUAUAGAGAGUAAAAUCGACAAAGCAGUGGAAUUUUUCGAUGAUAUGGUUGCACGUGGUUAUCAACCUAAUGUUUAUACUUACAGUGUGAUAAUAAACGGAAUGUGUAAAUUUGGGAAAACAAGUGUGGCCAUUAGGCUACUAAAGGGAAUGGCUGAUAGAGGUUGUGAGCCAAAUGUUGUGACAUACAGUGCAAUCAUUGACGCCCUUUGCAAAGAUGAGCUAGUUGGUGAGGCUUUAGAGCUCUUCUCUCAAAUGAGGAAUAAGGGUAUUUCAUCUAAUGUCAUCACUUACACUAGUUUAAUUCAUGGUGUUUGCAAAUUAGGCCAAAAGAACCAAGCUUUGGCCUUGAUGAAUGAAAUGGUGGAGCAGAACAUAUUACCAAAUGUUUAUACCUUCAAUGUAUUGAUUGAUGCUCUUUGUAAGGAUGGAAUGGUUUCAGAGGCUCAAAAUACAUUCAAUGUAAUGAUUCAAAGAGGUGUAGAGCCUGAUGUGGUCACCUACAAUUCCUUAAUUGAUGGUCUUUGCAUUUCCGACCAAUUCAAGGAAGCUUUGGCCUUGUUGAAAGAAAUGGUGGGGAGGAACAUAUCCCCUGAUGUUUUUACCUUCAAUAUAUUGAUCGACACUCUUUGUAAGAAAGGACUGGUUUCAAAUGCAGAGAAUAUAAUCAAAAUAAUGAUUCAAAGAGGUGUGGAACCUACCGUUGUCACUUAUAGUUCAUUGAUGGAUGGAUAUUGUCUGUGCAAGCAAAUUGAUAAGGCUAGAAAGGUAUUUGAUCUGAUGGUGACCAAUGAAAUAGCUGGCAUUUUUAGCUACACCAUUUUGAUCAAUGGAUAUUGUAAGUGCAAAAUGAUAGAUGAUGCAAAGGAACUUUUUGAUGAAAUGUCUCAUAAAGGUUUAGUUCCUAAUGUUGUUACUUAUUCUACUCUUAUAGAGGGUAUGUUUCAAGCAGGGAGGCCCCAAACUGCACAGGAGCUCUUUAAGAAUAUGUGCUCUCAUGGUCAACAGCCAAAUAUGGUAACCUUCUCAAUUAUGAUUGAUGGCUUUUGUAGACAGGGGAAUCUCGAUGAGGCACUUACACUAUUGAAAGAAAUGGAGAAAAGUCAGUUGAAGCCUGAUCUUGUGACCUAUUGCAUUCUGAUCAAUGGUAUGUGCAAAGCUGGCAAGAUUAAUGAUGCCAAGGAACUGUUUUCUAGUCUUUUUGAAAAUGGUUUACAACCUAAUGUUCAUAUAUAUUGUGCAAUUAUGAAAGGACUCUGCCGAGAGGGAUUAAUAGAUGAAGCAUAUAAGAUUUUUAGAGACAUGGAAAAGGGAGGAUGUUUACCGAAUAAUUGGUGUUAUAAGAUUGUUGAUGAAUGGAGGUCAUGGAUUUCUAAUGAUCAAGUUGCUGGUAAACCCACCAUCUCCUUACAAUUUUUUAUUGGCUGCUACUACAGCCUCAACUGGAGAGCUCAGUCCUAAAAUUGAGUUGAGAACUAAAACUAAUUGGUUCCAUACUACAAUGCUUAAGAAUCUUUAUCUAUUUUUAUUUUUGUGCUCAAUGACCUUUUAAAAUGCUAUCAUUUCUCUUGUAGGUACUUGCAAGGAUAUGAUUACAA